AUGCAGCUGUUACGCCUCGUUCUGCUAGUUGCCUCUUUUGCUGGCUCUAUCGGAGCAGUCUCUACGUUUUCCCCUGCUCGACCCCCAUCUGUGCCACUUGCUGUCAAGUCGCCGUAUCUGAGUACCUGGCAGAACGCCGGUAGUGACGGCGGAAAUGGUGGAUAUCUCGCUGGUCAAUGGCCUACCUUUUGGCAGAACCAAGUCACCGGCUGGGCUGGUCUAAUUCGAGUUGAUGGCGAUACCUACACCUGGAUGGGGUUGCCCGGGUCGAAAACUGUUAAUCAGACUGCUUUCGAGUACACCUCGACAAAGAGCAUCUUUACGAUGAACGUUGCGGACAAGCUGGAGAUGAACAUUACAUUCCUUUCGCCUAUUACUCCAACUGAUUUCCGACGCCAAUCCCUUGUUUUUUCUUACUUGAAUGUUGAGGUUGCCUCUUUGGAUGGAAAUGAUCAUGAGGUGCAGGUCUACGCGGAUAUCUCAGCCGAGUGGGUAUCUGGUGACCGCAAUGCAAUUGCCCAAUGGGAUUAUGGAACCACUGAAGAUGUUGCUUACCAUAAAGUCUAUCGUCAGACCCAGCUGGCAUUUUCCCAGAACAACGAGCAGGCCGAGUGGGGCUACUGGUACUGGGCGACUGAUGUCGAUAACGACAUGACGCACCAGUCUGGAGCAGAUGUCGAUGUUCGCGGACAGUUCGCGAGUAACGGCGUUCUUUCCAACACCGCGGACACCAAGUACCGCGCUAUUUCAGACAAGUGGCCUGUCUUUGCCUUUUCAUUCGACCUCGGCAACGUUAACUCGGAACCUGUCGACACUCUUUUUUUUCUCGGUCUGACCCAAGACGAGGCAAUUCAAUAUGAGGGAUCCUCCUCGUAUAGUUCUAUUCCGUCCCUCUGGAAGAGCUACUUUGAUACAGAGCUGGAGGCUUUGUCUUUCUUUCACCACGACUUUAGGGCAUCUAACUACCUUUCCAGCUCAUUUGAUAGCCAGGUGGCCAGGGAUUCGAUUGCCGUCGCUGGCCAAGACUAUCUCACGAUUACUUCGCUCUCGGCCCGCCAGGCGUUUGGUGCAACCCAACUGUGCGGCACAGAGGAGAAAAUGUAUCUGUUCAUGAAGGAGAUUUCGUCGGACGGAAACAUGAACACGGUCGACGUUGUCUUCCCUGCCUACCCUAUCUUCCUCUACUCCAACCCGGAGCUUUUGAAAAUGGUACUCGAGCCGCUGUACGAAAACCAGGAGGCUGGAAAAUACCCCAACACCUACGCCAUGCACGAUAUGGGAUCCAACUACCCCAAUGCCACAGGCCACCCUGAUGGAAGGGAUGAGGCUAUGCCACUGGAAGAAUGUGGAAAUAUGAUCAUCAUGACCCUGGCAUACGCCAAGGAGGCCAAGGAUACUGAUUAUCUGAAUAAGCACUACGAUAUUCUCAAGAAGUGGACCAGCUACCUUGUCAAAGACGCCUUGUACCCGGCAAACCAAAUUUCGACCGAUGACUUCGCGGGAUCUCUGGCAAACCAAACCAACCUGGCCCUGAAGGGUAUGAUCGGAAUCCAGGCCAUGGCUGUGAUUGCCAAUGAGACCGGCCACACAUCUGAUGCAGCCAAUUAUUCCUCAAUCGCCCAUAGUUACAUUACCCAAUGGCAGGAGCUUGGUAUCAACAAGGACGCUAAUCCGCCACACACCACUCUCUCGUAUGGUGAUGCAAACAGCCACGGUCUUCUUUACAAUCUCUUUGCCGAUGCUCAGCUUGGUCUCAAUCUGGUUCCGCAGUCCGUCUACCAGAUGCAGAGUGACUUUUACCCAACCAUUGCCAACGAAUAUGGUGUUCCUCUUGACACGCGUCACACUUUGACCAAAGGUGAUUGGGAAUGCUUCGUUGCGGCCAUUGCUUCGGCCAGCACCAGAUCAAUGCUCAUCGGUCAAUUGGCUACCUGGCUCAACAAGACACCCACCAACCGCCCCCUGACUGACCUCUACGAGACGGUUACCGGAAAUUACCCCUCCUCGCCUAUCUUUGUCGCCCGACCAGUCAUCGGUGGAUCCUUUGCACCGCUCCUGGUCACGAGCUCGUGA